CUUCCUAGGAAUGCCUCAAAUUUUAGCGCAUUUCCAAUCGCCGACCCUCCAGGUUCCAAGACCCCUUGCUCCGAUCGCCGUGCAGCAUUUCAAGAACCGCUCCAAUCCGUGGAGGAAGAGAUGCAGGAAAGCCGGCGGGACAUGGAUCAUCAGGUCGCCCAGCUUCGGGGCGAGCUGCGCAAGGUGCGCGACGAGCGAGACCGCGCGAACUGCGUCCUGGAUGUGACCGACUGGAAGGCGCUGGCUUCGGCCAAUGACCGCACCGCGAUAGAGACGCUCGAGGCCGAGCUCGACGUGUCGCGGGAAUCCGAGAAACGGAUGCUGGACUCACUGGCAGUGCAGACGAAGCAGCUGGAGGGCACCAAGAUAUCGCUCGAGGAAGCCAAGCUCGAGAUCGCGUCGCUGCAGGAGAUCGUCCAGAGGCUCGAGGCCGCCAGAACCCCCGUCGCCACGACGCCGAGGAACCGGCGCGACCGCGACAUGCAGAGGGUCCACGGCGAGCUGCGGGUGGCGCUGGCGGCGGAGGAGAAGAGCAAGAAGGCGAUGGAGGAGUUCGUGCUGGCGCUCAAGGAGGUGAACGCGGAGCUGCACACGACGAAGCAGCAGCUGGCGCGCGCGCAGCACGAGGCGGAGUCGGCCAGGCUGGACGCCGACCGUCUGCACAUGUCGGCGAAGCGCAAGGACGAGAAGCUCCGGGCCCUGUCGGACGAGGCGGCGCGGCUCCGGGCCGAAGCCGAGGAGUCGUUCGCCGCGUGGCGGGGCAAGGAGGCCGGGUUCACGGCGUGCAUGAAGUCGACGGAGGCCGAUCUCGCCGAGGCGCGGCGCGAGAACGCGCGGCUGCUGGAUUCGCAGCGCUCCUGGCGGGCCGAGGUGGCCAAGCUGCGGGACAUCCUGAAGCAGGCGGUGAAGGACACCAAGGUGGCGAAGGAGGCGCUGGAGGAGGCGAGGAGCGAGAACGCGCUGCUCAAGGGCGUGCUCGGCGACAAGGACACCGCCGUGAAGUGCACGAAGCAGGAGCUGGAGUGCCUCCGGGUCAGCGAGGCCGCGGCGCGCGACAGCGUCAAGGAGCUUCAGGGCAUGCUCGUGGCGACGUCGUCGAGCCCCACGGCCGCGAAGCUGGACGCGGAGGAGAUCCCGACGCCGCGUAUGAGGGUCGGACCGCCGGGGCUCGAGAAGUACCCGUCGGACUCGAAGAUAAGGCCGCCGGCCGGAAUCACGCGGCCGCGGCAGCUGUCGGAGACCUUCGAAGGCUCGGCGUACGACAUAUUUGGCACGAUGGACGACCAGAGGAGUGGUGAUUUGGGCGUGUUCUCGUCGAUGCCGAGGUUGCCCGCCCGGCGGCGGGUGGUCCUGCGCAAGGUUGGCAGCUUGUUCCGGUGGAAGAGCUUCACUAACAAAUAGCCGCUGGGAAACAACAGUGCAGUGCAGUGGCAAACUGGCAACUGGUUCCUUUUUUUUCCUACUAAUCUUGAGGUGCUCCUGGGUUCCUGUGUGGUGUGUAUUACUUGUUGAGUACCAAACUGAGCGGCGAACGGGCUCGCGCGCACACAACAGAUUAGGUUCCGAGUUUCUUGCUGUGUUUAUUGGCUAGAUUCUCGGAAUUAGCUAGGGAAGUUUGUUUGUAACGGGUCCAGUCCCCCUCCUCUAUAAAUACAGAGGAA